AAGCACACAUUGACCGAGGACACGCUGUGGGGCAAAGGCAAAACACGCACCUUCAAAACGUAAACAAUGCAAUGAGCGAGGUGGAUGCGAUCGCGAACGAAUUGGACUUCAAAUUGGUGGUAACGAGAAAAGGAAAACAUCGCCCAAGGCAGAGAAACAAAGCACACACGUUCUCACAUCAGCUGGAAGAUAAAGAACGCGUCGAUCAAACCGAAUUUUGCCAGAAGACAGUACUCACGCAGCUGCAGCAGGCCGAGGCGGAUCUACUGCAGUCGGAGUUUUUGCGCGAGUGUUUGGAAAAGCUUGAGCCGGUCCUCGUCGGCGUACAAGACAUCAUUUGUCUCGGGUUGGGCAACUUUUUCGACUGCACGAUUGCACGCUACCAGCUGGCGUUCAUACGCUGUGUACGCAACAAAGCUAAUCUCGUCGCGAAGGGACAAUUUUUCGAUCCAGUGUUUACACCGUCGGAGGUGGACACGCUGCAGCACGCCCUUGGUGAAACCGUCCUGCAGGAGAACCUCGAAGGCAAGUACAGUGUCGAGCGCAAAACACUGUUCUUCCUUCCACACUGUCCGAAGCAGAUCGUGAACAACUUGCUGUGGAAGAAUUGGUACCCGAACCGGCUACCGAACGUGGUGCUGCUUUGCAACAGUUUCAGCACGGUGGUGAACAACGCUCCGGACCGAUUGCUGCGAAUCAACGCGGGUUACAUCUUGCGCGCGGUUGAUCUGUUUCAGGAAGUGCCACUACGCAACAGCUUCCGGUUCGGCGACAUAUUUAACGACACUUCGCUUCAUUAUUUUGCAAACAACGACCGCCCGGCAGGGGACAACGCUGCCGUUUGGGACUGCACCGUAGAACCAUCGUACGCGGAGGACGAUCUCGAGCUCAUUUCCAAGGAGAAGGUAGCAAAACUUACAUUUGCUUGA